GGUUAGUGUUUUUACGAUGAUAAACUGAUGUAUAGACCUUUGAGAGUCCUGACGACGUGUGUAUCUCGUUCAAAAGUACGAAGUCAGGGUGAAAGGAACUGCCAUGGAUUUAAUGACCAGACUCUGAGUGAGAAGUCGUACUGGACCACCAGGUACGAGACACCGCGGGUUAGAGCUGUAGACUGGCUGGCUCCGGCUGACGUCAUCGCCGAUCAUGUCGUCAGUAAAAUAGAAACCUUGUCCACCGGAAGGAGCGGGUCAUUGGUACGCCUUCUGGACGUGGGCUGUGGUACCUCCCAUGUACCGCUACAUCUCCUACAGUCACUACCAUAUCCCCUCCAGCUUGUCUGCCUCGACUACGUUCCUGGUGCCGCUCGGUGGCAAUCAGAUGUGCUCGCCAAAAGCUCGCUGUAUAACAAACUGUCGACAUACACGUGUAUCACUGGCGAUGUACGUGCAUUACCUUUUAGAAAUGAUACUUUCCAUGUGAUUCUGGACAAAGGGACUCUGGACUCGCUGCUGAAGGACAGGCGGAGGGCGCUACAGUCCUGCGAUAUGAUGAUUAUCGAGUGUCUGCGGAUCCUCCGUACAGGGGGAGUGUUAUUACAAAUCACGGACGAAGACCCGGAUUUAAGGAUACGGCUUCUAGAGGAAGUAUUCUCCAGGAUCCAGGUCAGCGCCCAUGUUUCCUACAGUCAGGUCGAGACGCACGGAUACGAGUGUUUUAUGUACGCGUUGUCAUUGUGACGUCAUGGUGACCGUGUCCUGACAUAAGUUACAGGUCAGGCCAUAUGUUGACAUAAUUACGACGUUGGCUAACUUUUUCAUGCAAACAGUAUGAAAUACAUGUACAGUAAAAUAAAGAGAGUCUGAUUUCGUACA